AUGAGGCAGCAGGUUCUGCUCUUCUUCAGUCGCCUUUUGUCAAAGGUCCAGCGUCCUCUUCUGCACUAUAAUAAUAUCCAUCGACCUGUACAAAAACUGAUUGCCCUUGGUGGGGAUACUGUUGGGGUGUGACCGCACAUAAGGAGGAAUUACAGUUCCUGACCUCAGUCUGCAGUAAACUAGAGAAAGACUCUUCACUUAUUAUUCACAUUCUAGAGGGUGAGCUUGUGAACAGGACGACUUCCACCGAAGAUAAUAAUGAGCCAGCUACUGGAUCCGCUAGUUGCAAACCUAAACAGACGUUAUUCAAAGCUUUACUCAGACUGUGUUUAUGUCAGUCACAGAAAGGCCGUGUAGCAGUUCGAGCAAAAGAGGCUCUUCUUGGGGUCCUCCGUACCGCCCAGCAGGAGGCUCCAGCACGAAUUAUUGCACACAGCGACCUGAGACAGCAAUUGUCAGAACGACUAUGUGACUUGCACAAUGACAUCCCUCUGAGUGCUCACCCAUGUGAUAUCACCAGUGAAGAGGACACUGAUUGGAGGACAGAAGUCAGCAAAGAGGAGUAUGACACCAUGCCACCAGAGAUGGCCUCCGUGCGGAGGUUUCUGUGCUGGUUAAAGUUCUGUAACUCUUUAUUACAGGAGUCCCAUGAGAUAGUCGCUGUGUCCAUAGCAAAUGCAAUUACAGAAGUCUACCUGCAGGGAAAACUCCAAGACGAACUGCUGCAAGUAUCAGAACUACAUAUUCUGAAGAGCACAGCUCUACUCACCGCUCUGCUCCAACAUCUGAACUCUCCACCAUUACUGCAUCAGCAGCUUCUCAUUUUUAUACUGGGAGAGGAGAAAGGCCCAGAAAGAAAGAGUGACAGAUCUCCACAGCUCCGAUCCCAACUUAUUCAGAGAUGCAACCAUCUCUCUGAUGAGAUAAGUCUCACCACAAUGCGCCUAUUUGAGGAGAUGUUCCAGUCAUCUGAUGAGAUGGCCCUGAACAGUCUGGUGCUCCGCAACCUGGAGAAUCAGCAUUACCUGUCAGGGGGGAGUGAAGAGAGCCGAGUGCAGGAUGUGGAAUCCUUUGAAGGCACAGAAGAGCUUGAAGAAGACCCUUACUUCACAGAUGGGCUCCCGGACACAGGUCUACAGAUGAUGGGAAGAAACCAGGGACGUCAUGGAGAGUCCAUGGGGGCCGAGCAAAGCAUGAGAAGUUUCCUUUCCUUGGUGCCAGAGGAAAUGAAGUCUUCAGACUCUGGAUUUGACAGUUAUCUGCAGGAUGCUCUAGUCCAGCAUCAGAGUUGUUGUAAGCUGGCAUCAAAUUGGAAUUGGCCAUCAGCUCCACAGUCCUUGAGCACCAGCCCCUCUGGAGAGGAAUUCUACGAGGGACAGUUCCUGCAGGUUCUGUUUGAUCGGCUAGGGGGAAUCCUGGAUCAGGUAUUUUGUAUUUUAUUGUUUCUGGCCAGCACAUCACUUGCUGACAUUAGCCAGCUUCUUUUCAAAGACUGGUGUGUACUGAAUCACAUGAGAGUAUUGUGGUGCAGGAGCAUGGGUUUAAUCUUCAACGUAUAG